CCUGCAGCCUCUGCCGAGGAGACCAAGGAACCUGGACGCGCGCGGCUCGCCAAACCUGAAGCCCUCUCCUGCGGAGUGCCAGCUCUGGCUGUCACCAUGCCUCUUCUGGAUGAAAGUGCUCUGCCCAGAGACUGUCCUCCAACUGUCCCAGUGGUCAUCAUUGGUAACGGUCCCUCAGGUAUCUGCCUGUCAUAUCUCCUAAGCGGGUACACGCCCUAUUUAGAUCCGGCAGCCAUGCAUCCGAACCCCAUCCUUUACCACAAGCUACAGGAGGCCAAGCAUUUGCCCAUUACCGAGCAGAACUUGGAGUACCUGUGUGAGGGUUUAGAGGGCCGUUCAGGGAACCCAGUGGCAGUACUCUUCGAUACGCUUCUUCACCCAAAUGCAGACUUGGGCUUUGAGUUCCCACCGGUGUUGCUGUGGAGGCUGGAGAAGCAUCAUCACAUCCCGCACCUGGUCCUGGGCAAAGCCACACCAGGUGGCGCCUGGCAUGCAAUGGAAGGAUCUAUGCUGACCAUUAGUCUGGGCACUUGGAUGGAGCUUCCAGGAGUCAACUACAGGGACAUUACUCCUGGCAAGAGGAGGAGCAUGACCAAUGACCGGGCCACUCCCGAGGAGAUCUCUUCCUAUUAUAAGAAUUACGUGAAGCUCAUGGGUCUCCAGAAGAACUUCAUAGACAACACCUAUGUCACCUCCGUUCAGAAACUCCACCGUGGUCAAGACAGCAACCUUGGGAAAGAGAAUGGGACUGAAAAUGGCAGCAAGAAUGGUCAGAUGAAUGGAACAGAAAAUGGGUUUGAUGGAACAGAAGACAGCCACAAUGGAAGGGAAAAUGGGUUCAGUAAUGGCUUCCAGAACGGCACAGAAAACGGUUGUGGAAGAGGUAACACAGGAGAAGAGGAGAACAGGAGGAAGAGGGGCAUUGAGGGUGUGAGAGAGAAUGGCAUACCUCAGGGGCUCUUGCAGGGACUGUGGGAGGUCAGGGGCUACCAGCAGCUCCAGGACGAUACACAUAUCCCUUUCUGUUUGUUUGCUGAGAACAUUGUCUUGGCGACAGGGGCGUAUGACUCGCCAGCUCGUCUGGGUGUGGAAGGGGAGGAUCUUCCUUACGUGUUCCACAGUGUGCGUGACCUUGGAGUAGCAGUCAACCGCAAUGGCAACUUGGGCCCUGCGUCUGACCCAGUGUUGGUGGUGGGGGCAGGCCUUAGUGCCGCUGAUGCAGUGCUGUGUGCCUACAACCACAGCAUCUCAGUGCUGCAUGCCUUUCGCAAGCGAGCCGAUGACCCCAGCCUCAUCUUCAAACAGCUACCAAAGACGCUGUACCCUGAGUAUCACAAGGUCUACCACAUGAUGUGUUCUCAGACCCACUCAGCACCCCACAUUGCCAACUGUGGCGUCAAUCCCGCAGUCCCAAGUGCUUCCUCAGCACUGUUCCCAGACUACACCAGCUUUCCUGAGCACUGCGUACUUUCUUUCCAGCCUGACAUGCGCUGUAUACUGAGAGGAUCCAACGGCGUUCUGAGAGCCUUCAAAGUCUCGAUGGUGUUGGUUCUGAUCGGAACCUAUCCCAACCUGUUCUUCUUAAAGGAGCAAGGUCAGUACUUGGGCUUGGACCCCAGCAGGCCCAUCUCCUGCAGGCAGAACCCUGUGGACAUAAACCCUUACACAUUUGAGUGCAGUGCUGAGCCAGGACUGUUUGCCAUGGGUCCCCUAGUAGGGGACAAUUUUGUGCGCUUCCUGAAGGGGGGUGCUCUGGGAAUUGCCAGCUGCCUGCUCAAAAGACUAAAACAAAUGAAAAAGAAAGGGAAAUUGAUUGCUGACAAAGGAGGGUGUGGAAGGGUUGGGCGAGGUGAUAGAGGAGGAGGGGGAUUUGUCUGAGAAAAUUCUGCAGAAUGGAAUGGGCAAAUUAUUUUUACAUGUAUGCAGUGGAUACAUAUAUUUUUUAACUCUUCAGCUUUCUUACUAUUUUUAAAAGUAUACAAAUGAGUAUAAGAUAGGAAAAUAUAAACCAUGUCCUUUUCUACUGUCUUGAAAAAAUGACAGUGCAGGAUACAGGAGUAAUGUGCCAAUAUUUCAUAAUUUGUAUUUCAUCUACAAACGAGUAGAUUGUUCAGGUUGGGUUUUUUUUUCUUUUGUGAUGCUGCACAUACUGUAAAUUGCCUUAUUUUUACAUUGUGAUG